AUGGAAGUUGCAAGUGAGGAAAGUGAGAGUGAGAAAAGGGAGGUAGAAGUGGAGAAGGAGCUUGCUUCAGAGGAAAUAGCGGUGGAAGCUUUGGAUAAGCUGCGAAACGGAUCUAGCGACAGAUCAGGAACAGGAUCGGUAGUGGCCGGAUCGAUAGUGGCAGGAAGUAUUAGUGGAGGGAAGAGCGAGCGGUUGUUGAGCAAGAUGAAGCAGAGUGCGAUAGAGCUAUAUGAACAGACACGGACGAGUCAUCCUAAACUUAUGAGCCGGGCGGACCAGCUGGUUAAGAGGAUUGAGAAGACGUCUGAGAAGUGGAUGAAUUCUGGGAAGAGACGGCGAGGACAGGGCCAAGGGGACGGGAGUUGGGAUGAGGAGGAUGAUUCUGGGUACUCGAGGUCUGAUAUUGAGGAAUCACAUGGGCUAGAUAUAGAGCAAAUUCGGGUUCAGGACAAGGCGAGUGAGUUCCAUCCUCGCAUCCGUGGUCUUAAGCGGAGACGGAUCAAGCAGAAUUUCAAGGAGUACCAGCUAAAUCUAUCGAUAGAGUCGAAGAAACGGUUGAUAACGUGUCUAGGGUUGUUGAAGCUUGCGAAUAAACAGCUUGCCCAAAGGGUCACGUCGCUACAGGAGGUUGUGAAGAAGGAACAGCUACGGCAUAAACCGUUGCCCGCAUCUGGUGGCACUGGUACCGGUGCGAGCCCCAAAGAUGAGGAGGAGGAUGAUAAGCAAGAAGCAGAUGAUGAGGAUGAAGAGUUUUACGAUGCUUCGUCGCAUUUACACGAACCAGCGUCGUCGUCGUCAUCGCACGCUGUAGAGGAAAACCAGCACCAGCACCAGCACCAGCACCAGCACCAGAAUGAGUUGGAAAUUGAUCCAACUGCAAAUGCCAUACAUUUGGAAGUCGUCGGUACUUUGAAGAAAGUGUACACGGUAGUGUCUAGGUUUACCGGCUCCUCUCUCCCGGAACCGGCAAGGUCCCAGGUGCGCGAGGUGUUGUUAAAGUUACCUACCAAAUGGCUGAAUGAUUCCGAGAAACCCAACUCGAAGAAUAUUUCUUCCAAUAAGAGAGCCUUGCUUCUUGCACAGGAAGCGCUGGACAUGGUAGGAAAUGUCAUGAACGUUGUAGAUGAUACUUUAGGAAAAGCAGAAACGUGGGUUAAAAACAAACAAGAGCUCAAACAGCUGCUAAUGGAGCAAUUCAAACAUGAGCAGCUAAAGCAAAAGGUUAAACAUCAACUCACAAAGGAAAAUAAUAAUUCUUCCACGCAAGGGAGUGCGUAA